AUGAGUACAAGGGAAAAUAUUUUUUUCCCGUUGACAAAACGCGUGAUUGCCCCCGGGGGCAGUCACUGGAGCCUCUUAAUCUACAGUAAAUAUGACAGCAAGUGGUAUCAUUAUGACUCCCAAAGGGGCUGCAACUACCGCGACGCUCGUUGCCUCGUACAAAGGAUUAACUCGUACUUGGACAGGGAUAUACCAGCUACCUUAGUGGAUGCUAGUUGCACACAGCAGGAUAAUAGCUAUGACUGCGGGGCCUUUGUCAUGACAUAUGCACAUAGAGCAGCUGAGCAGGCCCUGAAAGGUUCUGCCAUCGGGACGUGCUUUGUGGACAGACAAGAAACAAACCGCAUGAGAGAUUUGAUUAAGUCUCUUGUUUACAGCCUGAAGCGGUGAAGAUGAGAUGGGAAGACAUCAACACACCUCCUGCCUUGUUCCUUGACUGCCGUAUAAACCGUCAAAUUAUAUACUAGGCACACUUAGCCUAACCUGUGUUGAAGCUCCUAGUGAUGCUACGUGUCAGAUGUUGCUUGUCAUGAGCAAGACUCUGCCAGGGUCUGCCGCGUGCUGCUUGUUCCUGAUUGCUGUGGCAUUAUUAUUUUAUUUUAUUUUUUUUUUGUUGAUUUUGGAGUGACAAGCAGUCCCUUUUGAGUUGCAAAAUACCUAACUUAAACAUGUUCUAAGCCCAUUUAUGCUUCAUUAUUAAUGGAGAUACUUACCUCAGGUUAUUUUAUUAGAUGGUUUUUUGCUCUUGCACUGAAAAAAAGAACAGGAACUAUUUUAGAGACUAAUAGUCUGCUAACUGUUAGUUGAUUAACUGCUACUGAGUUUGCAAUGAUGAAUAAAAAGGUGCAUAGAUAAUUAGGUUAUGAUUAUCCUAUUUAACAGUCUUCUUUUCAAGAAAAUAGGAUAUGAAAGAAAAAUGAAAAGAACUCAAGCCAAAGAAGGACUGAGAUUGGAUAUUUGUCACUUUUCAUUGUAGGAUAUGUAACCUAUUAGAUUUAAGAUAAUGGCAAAUGGCUCUACUGAAUUCACAACUGACACAGUAGCCCCAGGCUACAACAGUGCUGUGCCAUACAGCAUGUCAGAGUCAUAAAUUGCCAUAUGUAUAGUAUGUCUUAUAGAUAACAAACAAAAAAAGGUGUUUUCUGGAAAUUUUUGCAGUAAGGACACCACAAGGCUGUCCAGAUUUCUCAAGUGCACAAUUUUUGGUUAAAGACCCAGAGUUAUGUAUAUGAAAGCAUUAAUGUGAAAUCUAUUAAUCUUUUGGAUAUAGAGUGAUCAUAUGUUGACUAAUAUUCAACCUAUCAGUCAAUUGUUCAUUCACCUGAAAAGUCGUAUUCAGAUUGCAACUCAUUUUGUGACAAGCAUUCAUAUUUUUCUCUUGGGUAGGAAAGAAAACUUUUCACUACUGUAUGGGUGUUUCAGCAAAAAUAUAAAAUGUAAUGAUGAAAAUAUGUCUUGGUCACAUCAGAAUGUUGAAAUGAUCAAAAAUGCCCUUGCAAAAUAACAAGUAUUAUUAGUACAGAAUUUUAGUGAGUGCAUUUUUUUUCUUCUUCUUUUUUUAAUAUAGAAUUCAGAGGAAAUGAUCUGUGUUUGAUUCAAAGUGAGAAAAAAAACAGUAUUCAGGAAAUGCAAAUGGCUAAAUUUCCCAGAGAUAUACAUUUAUAUGAAAAUUACUAUUGUUAUAAUUAUUUGUUACAUACUUUCAAAUAGUCCAAAUGUAUUAUGUGGAAAUCUCAACAUACUGGCGAGUUUCAUGGAAAUCUUGACAGAUCUGACUCCUGAUUUGCAAUGAGAUGCAUGAUUGAUUUUAUUCCAAGUGGUAUUGCCACAGACCGCACAAAGUGCAAAUUUGAUUUCUAUCACUAAAGCUAAGUAAGUGAAAUAAAAGAUGCUUUUACUUAUUUAUUUUUAAUGAAUUUUGAAUAGAAUAUUAGUAAUGGAAGAGGUGGUGAGAUGUAAUAGAAGAUAUUGCGCUAAACUGGCUGAAUAUAGAUUUGAUAAAAGGAAGGGCAGUGAGAACGGGCAAUGUAACUUUGAACAAAAAGUUUAAGAUUGUUAUUGGUACUCUUUGCAAUUGCAAUAGUAUUAGAACAAGAAAAUAAUGGUUGAUAAAUAAUUUUGAAUAUUUGCUGUAAUUUAAGAAGAAUACAUUGUCUCUACAAGGAA